CCAGCGUUUUCAUUCACAAUCAAGAAAUAAUUGUUUCAAACAAAAGGGAUCUUGCCUUGGAACAACAUCUAAAGUUCGAAUCGCUGGUUAAAGUGCACAGAUCCAUUUAUUUUCUGAAGCAUUUCGGAUACGUGGACGUAGAUGAACAGCAAAAGUUGAAAGAUGUCUGGACACCUUUCAGUGGAGUAGCCAUCAAACAGAGUAUACCUGUUUUACGUACAAUAGAUAAUCACUCAAAUAUGCUAUUUGGUAGUAUUAUAUUCGUUUUGACGCGUCUAGAUAUAUUUAGGGCUCUCAGACCAUUUUCAAGGACCAAAGUUGUAAGAACAGAUAUUUGUCGGGUACCCAAAAUGGUGAAUAUCACACAAGGAAAAACUGACUAUUUCUGCAUUUUAGAAACAGAUGAGCACACUCUCCCAACCAACCAAUUUCCCAGUUGCACCUGUUGUCAAAUUGUUUACGAGCUCUGGGUAUCAGUGCAGGGAGCUUUCCCAAGAUAUGGACCCUGUGGAUAUCCCAGUAUUGAUACACCAGGCAUACCAAUAAUUAUAGGAACUGAACCAAUUCUCAAGUACAACAUUUCGAGAAUAACAGCUAACAUAAUGAAUAUAUUACUCACCCCUCAUAAUAACAUAGAAAUAACGGAUAAUGCACCUUUAGAUGAAGAAGUAGAGCAGUUACUUAAUAUUGUGGAGGAAGAACUGGAUGAGAAAACAAUUGAAAAUUUGAACAGACAAUUAGAGAGCAAAAAGGAGGAUGAGAAUGAAUUGAUUCAUAAAAAAAUAAUGCUGAACCUAGACACUAGUGAUAAAAAUUUUGAUGGAUCUAGUUUGCAAGAAACUACAAAAACUUAUUUUGAAACCACUGAUACAGAGUAAAAUAUCAACAUAUGUUAACAGAUUAGUUACAUAUUCUUUAAUAAAUUGCAGAGGGUAAUAUGGGGAA